UCUGCUAGCUACGUAGGACUGCUUCACAGUCAACAAGGAAGCGUUUAUCAUGAAAACUUCCCUUAUGGAAGUUUUCAUUCUAGUGUCAACUUUGCAGAAUCCGAUACAUUUCCGGCUUUCAGUUCUCAGCAAUCUGAAGACGCACCAGUAGACGCACAAGCUGCCCGUCCUGUAAGACGCAAGUGGACCCCUACAGAUGACGAGGUGCUGAUCAGUGGGUGGCUCAACACUUCGAAGGAUUCGAUUGUUGCAAAUGAGCAGAGGUCGGGGGCCUUCUGGAUACGGGUUGGUAAGUAUUAUGCAGAGAGUGUCCAUGGAAGAGAGGAUGGUGUGAGAGAGCACGGUUGUUGCAAGAAGAGGUGGCACAGAAUCAAUGAUGAUGUUAACAAGUUCUGUGACGCAUACUCGGCAGCUCAGCGCCAAAUUAGCAGUGGUGAGUCUGACACAGACGUUCUGAAGAAGGCGCAUGAAAUUUUCUUCUCUGAUCAAGAGCACAAGUUCACACUUGAACAUGCUUGGUGUGUGUUGAGGUUUGAACAGAAGUAGCUCAGGCUUAACACACCCAAAGCUGGUGGCGUUUCAAAGAGGAAGAAUGUGCAGACAGAUUCCCAAACUUCUACCAACGAAGACUUCGUUGAUGUUGGGAGCAGGCCCGAAGGUGUCAGGGCUGCUAAGGCUAAAAGAAAUACGGGUAAAGGGAAGUCCGUCGCUGAGAUUGCAACAGUUUGGGAAAUGAAGAAGGACGAUUUGGUGAGGAAGGAGAGACUGUCGAAGCUAGCAAUACUAGACACUCUCUUCACCAAGCCUGUUCCAUUGACUGAGAGGGGAGAAUCUGCGAAGAAUAAGCUCCUAGCCGAGUUAUUCUGAAAUAAAUUAGAUGUUCUUGUUUCAUGUUCUUGUAUGUCGUCACUUUAAUUUUUAGGAUUGCUCUAUGUUUGUGUUUGCUCUAUCUUUGUGUUUGGUCUAUGUAUUUCCGGUUUCGUUAAAUGAAUGAUUUUCUUUCAAUGUUUGUGUUAUUGUUUAUCUGUAUAUUUAUCUGUUUCUGAUUUUCUUUCAAUGUUUGUGUUUCAUGUUCUAUGUUUCUAACUAGUAUGGCUCGACAAUGUCUGCAGGUUAAGUAAAAAAUGGGACGUUACAGCUACUCGCAGCCAUCAGAAGACGAGCCUUUAUUUGGAAACAAUGACGACAACGACUACAGCGAGACGGAGGAUCUCAUACGACGCGAUCAAGCUGAGUUAAGCUUGGAACGUUGUUCACAGGUUCACUACCCCCCGCAACCGGAGGUAGAGUUUGGUUUCCCGCAGGUCUGCUAUUGUGGUGCUCACCCAGUGCUUGCAACGUCUAACACUAGGAAUGAUCAAGGGAGAAGAUAUUACACUUGUGCGAACAAGGACGACGGCGAUUGCCAUAUUUUCAAAUGGUGGGAUGACGCGGUGAUGGAUGAGAUGAGAGCCAGAGAUGUACAUGUGUUUCAGCUGGCUGAAAAGGUAGAAAGCCUAACCCUUUUAACUGACUAUGACACUGAGGAGAAGCUACGAAACCUAGAGAAGAUGGUUGGUGAUAUGGCUAAGGAUAAAUCAUGUAUGAUGAAGGGGUUUGAGUGCUUUGUAAUAGGCAUAGUUGUUCUAUUUGUAUUGGAAUAA